ACAAUCAGCUUUAAUGUUCGAUUCGGUGUACUCCGUUGCUGCUGGUCUUAUGGAGCUAGAUAGGAGCGAUUUAUUAACUUGGCAUAAUAUUUCCUGUAAAAAGGAAUUGCCAUGGAGAGAUGGACAGUCACUAUAUAAAUAUAUUAACUCGGCUUCUAUGGAUGGACUGACAGGCCGCGUACAAUUCGCUGAGGGACGUCGAAAUAUAUUUCAAAUCGACUUACUUAAACUAAAGCGAGAGGAAGUUGAAAAAGUUGGUUUUUGGAACCCUGAAGUCGGUGUUAACAUUACCGAUUCGACCGCUUUCUAUGACACUUAUUCAAGUAAUACAACGUUAAUUGUUAUGACGCGCCAAGAAAAACCUUACGUUAUGGUGAAAAGCGACAUUAGUCAAACAGGAAAUGAUCGCUUUGAAGGAUUUUGUAUCGAUUUACUAAAAGCCAUUGCCACUCAAGUGGGAUUUCAAUAUAAGAUUGAAUUAGUACCUGAUAAUAUGUAUGGAGUAUUCAACCCUGACACAAAAGUUUGGAACGGAAUAGUGCGCGAGCUAAUGGAAAAGGACGAACCCGGCUGAAUUUAGUGAUUUGAUCACUUGAGAUAAUGAUUCUCACGCUAAUAGAGACUGUGGCUAGCUGAAAGAAUAUCGUCCACAUAUGUUUGUGAUGUAGCGCAGAAGUUGCUAAAGGCAAAUUCGUUUCACCGGCUUUUGUCCAUUCAUGCAAUGUCCUAAUGGCUAAAUAUGCUGCGCAGUUGAUGCCAAAG